AGGGUUAGGGUUAAAGGGUUUUCCACCCGCCUCCUUUACCACUUCUUCCUUUUUCUAUCCAGGCACCUUCUCAAUACCAUCUCCAAACCACUCCACGAUCAUCUCGAUAUCUCAUUACCUACCAGCCAUAACUAUCACGGACUAUCAACACUUCUUCCUAUCGGAGAUCCGAAUUUGCCCCACCCACGCCCGCCUUCAGACGCGCGCAGCUCAGCGAAACCAGCCCAGCCACCCUCUUCCAGGUCGUUGGAUUUCCACGUUCACCCCCCCGAGGGGGGCCUUUCUAGUAUUAACCCUGCCAAAUUUUGAAAAAUAAAAAAUAAAAAAUAAAAAAAAAAACAACAAAACUUGGAAGAUGGCGACGGCCACGCUCUCGUCCCCGGCGGGAAACGCCGAGGUUAGCAAACUGGGUGCUGCGUCGCCUCCGUUGCGCAAACGCGUGACGAGAAGCCAGAGUCGGGAAAGGGACGCGGUGGGCUUGACGGGGAAGCAGGGGGAAGGCGAAACGAAAGAAAUGGUCGGGAAGGAGAAGAAGAAGAAGGGGGGGGAGAAACUAGAUGUCAUCGAGGAAACGGGCGAUUCUUCCCCCGAUUCACCGGACGAUGCGUUCAAUAUCUCCGGGACAACACUGCUGGCGAUGGACUCGGAGCUGUACGCGGACGAAAUUGACCCUCUCAUGAUGGCGGAGGUGCUGCCGGACCUGCAACAGGCGGCGAGCAGUGUGCUGGAGCAUCUGUGUCCGGCGACGGCGGACCCGGCGCGCAUCGUGGAGACGGCCAAACGGCUGCGCAGCGUGACAAGCACGCAGAGCAGACUCCUCAUGCGAGCCGUCAAGCAUUUCACCGACGAGGCGGCAUACUUUGGCAAGGGGACCUUCAUCGAUGUCGGCAUGGUCAGGCGCCUGCUGCCCAUCAUCUCGCGCGAGGGCGGGCUGAAAUGGGCCCCGGACCCGGUCAUCUUCCAUGCGAACUGUGCGCGGCUUGCCAUCGAUGCCCUGCUGGCGGGCAACGGGGCCCCCCCGGCGCGCGAGACCAUCGAGAUCCUCGAGACGACCUUCCCCGCCCCCUUUGUGAGUGCGUUUGGCCAGGCCGAUCGCAAGAACGGACUGCGGAAAGCGACUUUUGAUCUCGCGCUGGACAUUCGAACCCAGCACCUCCGCAUGAGGCUCGAGGCCCGCCAGCACGACGACGCCGCCGCCGGAUUCGAUCCCCAGGCCAUCCUACAGGAGGUCUUCUUCUUGUUCUACGACAAGGAGUCAGGCUCUGCCCUCCGAGGAUUCCCCCUCGAGGGCUUCCAGGACAAAGACGGUCGGCUCCCCCAGGAGUUCGAGGACGCAGUCCAGGAACGCGUCGAGGUGAUCAGCGUCAUGCUACAGGAUGCAAACGACGACGACAACGAUGGGGGCGGCGCCGCCAAUCUCAGUGGCCUGGGAGCCGCGUACAGCUGGCAGCAAUUCACCCUGAAAGUGGUCCGCUGGAUCCGCCGUAUGGACGAGCACAUCAUGAAACAAAUCGGACAGCAGCCCGAUGCCGGCGAGAUGCGCAAGUCCCUCGAGAAACAGCUCAGUCGGCCCAGAAGUGCCGGCAAGCACUUUGCCAUUUCCGAUCUUCUCAACACCAUGGACACCCCCGAGCAGCAGAAUCUCGACCAUAGCCUUGAGCAGACCCUCGUCCACGAGGCAAUCGAAGAGGAGGAGAUUUCCGAAACCGUUCCCGACCAGACUCUGGUACAUGAAGAAGACGACGACGAUGCAGAGGCAGAAUCACACAAGCUUCUUCCUUCAGCUGACAUGCAAACAUCCACCAAAAGAACCUUUCGGAAUUCAUCUGCGAUCGGACGCCUGACCCAGAGGAUGCGAUCUGUCCAUGGCCCCGAGGCAAGGCGUCGCCAGUCCGAUAUUUCGAAACCGGUGUCGCAGUCGCAGGAUGUCGCCGGUCGUCAUCACAGCGCGAGUCCUUCUCGUCGGCAGACUCUUCCGGCGCAACACACAGACUCCGACACCCGCGAGAUUCCUGCGUCACCCGAACAGGACCUCACGGUUGCCGAUUCCCAGUGGGAGGAGCAGCACGAGGAGACGAUCACCGAAGAACAGCGUGUUUCCAUGUCCGAUGACGAGCGCCCGGUCGCGUGGAGCGAAUCUCCUGAACGCGCUUCUCGGAUCCCCUCGACCCAGGAGCUCUGGCAGGCUGUGAGCCCGGCAACAAAGGGGCGUCCUACGAAACGGUCCCGGACGGAGAUCCUCCGCGGGGCCGUCAAGGGGUCGUUCAUCGACCGACAGGAAAACGCCCAUCGCGUGUCUCCGAUCGGCCAGGACUUGACCCAGUCUAGUACUACCAAGACAACAACAUCACGGAAACGACCAGCGCCAGAGACAGAUGAAGAAGAAGACGAAGAAGACGAAGACGAAGACGAAGACGACGACGACGACGACGACGAUGAUGAUGAUGACGAUGAUGAUGAAGACGACUCCGAGACCAAGGGGUUCUCACGAGACGACCGCUCGAUCGACGUUGCAGGCAAGCGGGCGCAGAAACGACGCCGGGUCGACAAUAAUGAGGACAGAGAAGCGACAGUCGGCCCAUCGUCUCAGUUACAAACCGGUCUUGCAGAGUCAACCGAGUGCACAACGCCCACACCGCGAGGGCGGGCGGCCGAGUCAACCAAGUCGUGGCCGCGGGCGCCCCCAAGCUCGUCCCAGCCGGUGCGCUCCCGUCGACGCUGGACCAACGCGGAGGAAUCGCGGCUGAUGGAGCUCGUCGGCGAGUUUGGCUGCCAGUGGGCGCGGAUCAAGCGGCAGGACGACCUGUGUCCUGCCAGCCAGGGGGGGCCUCAGCUCGAGGGCCGCGACCAGGUGCAGUUGAAGGAUAAAGCGAGGAACAUGCUUCUUGCAUUCUUAAGGUACUUCCUUCCUCUUCAUCUGUUGUUUAUCUCUGAAUGCUUCUUAUUCUAACUGAACAGAACUGGCCAGCCAAUCCCCCCGGGAUUCGACCAGGUGACACUCAACGCAAGCGAUCGACAGAAGUACGCACGCGAGUUGGCAUCGAAAUGAUUUUCUAUUCAGUUCUUGAUCAAGUGUAUUUAU